AUGAAGAGAGUUCUCCCCUCUCGACUUCAACAACUCUGCCAUUCAAGUGGCAGCACGUGGUCCUCACUCUCAAAUCGGCAAGUCAUUGGAGAGGCAGCCUCUGACAAGAAUGAGAAGAAUGCUUCAACAACAGCUUUCGAAAAGGAUCAACAAGAAUUUCUAAAGAAUAACCCUUCUGUUGCAUCUGUUUCAUCAUACGACAAAUCUCCAAGUGCUGUUCGAAAAGAAAAGGAAAAAGAAAGUUCCUUCUUUGACAAUCCAAAUCCAAUUCCUAAUUUAAAUACAACAGAAAAGAUGGCAAACAAAAAUCCAAUUGGAUCCUACACUCCUGGUUCGUAUGUGGUUGGAUCCACAACUGUGGAAGAAGAUGACUCUGAUAUUCCAAGUCAUCAUAUGGGAAAACCUUUGGAUGGAGAUCCAAAUUUAUUUUUUUGGAUUUGA